AUGGAUAAUAUGACUACCUGGACUGGUAAACAUGCGGAGUAUUAUUUACGCUGUAUGAAAUUGAAUCUGCUCAUCACAACAUAUCCGAUAAUUCUCUGUGUCUAUUUAAUAACUCAGUUAAUCAUUUUGACUUCAUCAUCCAGUGAAACAACAAAUUUGAAAUGGUUGGUUUAUUCAAAUCAAAUUGUUGAUACAUUUUCUGUGAAAGAUCUGAUUUCAAUGGGUCAAGGGACAAUAUUCUAUCAUCUUCAUUCUGGAAAUUAUACAAAUCUCUUAGAACAUCCUGAAUUGAACAGUAUUUUUGUCAUUGGAAACAGGAAUGCAAUGUUUCGUUUGAAUCCAGAUAAUCUUCAACUAUUGGCCAGUUUCGAAUUGCCUUCGAAACCAGAAACUUCAUUCUGUAUGACGAAUACCAAAGCUCCAUGCACUGAGACACCAGCGUUUAACUUAUUAUUACCAACUCAGGAUAAACAAAAUAUUUGGUAUUGUUAUCUUUAUCAAACAGUUUAUAUGAGCCAUAAUAUUAUACCAAAUAUACAAUCGGCAAGAUGUGAAAUACCUUCACCUCUAAAUUUAGAACCUGAAUCACGUUUAGUUCAAUGGGAGAAUUCUGUUUACUCUUCAUUAGAUUUAAAUCGUCCAGGUGUAAGUUUAAUGGCUAGUGAUGGUUUCCUGUAUAGUUCUGGUUGGUUUCAUGGAGCAAUGAGAAUACAUCGUUCACGUUUACCGAAUUUUGAUGGACAAGCUAACUGGAACCAGUUUCUUGCAACUCCUUCCGAUGAAGUCUUUUUAAAAGAAUCAACCAAUUUCAUUUGUGCAUUUGAAACACUGGAUUCAGUUUAUUUUCUGAUUCGUGAGUUAAAAACUCCAACAUGUGAAGCUAGAAUACAUAAUCGUUAUGUGCAAACACUUACUUCAUCGACAUCAUCAACCAUGAAGUCGACAACAAUGCUUAGUGAAACAUCAGUAACACGUUUAAUACGUAUAUGUAAAGGUGAUCCAGGUGGAUAUCCACAUGUGAAUGAAGGAGAAUUCGCUACAUUUGGUAAAGUGACAUUAGAAUGUAAAUUUAGUCAGAGUCAUGCAUUGAAUUAUUAUCAUAAAGCAUUGAAUAAAAAGAAUAUGCAAAUCUCUGAACAACUACUGACUGAAUUUUCUUAUGGUUAUGCAAUUGCCGGUAAAUGGGAUUCUGUUGAUAAUAAGUUGUAUGUAAGCUAUCAGACUGGGAUGAAAUAUCCUACUGGUGAUGCGCUUUGUGUUUAUUCCCUAAAUGAUAUAGAAGAUGCUUUCGAUAGUGAAUUAGCUGCAAAUGAAAAUUUGGAUCAGAAUCAAAUACUACCAAAUACUUUUAAAAUAUUUGUAAACGAUUUAGUUCUGGUAUUCUAA